UCGGCUCGGCUCGGCUCGCCGGGUCCCGGGCAAGAUGAAGCCGGGCGAGGAGCAGCCCGUGGAGGGAGGAGCCCGCGCUGACCUCUGCGAGCUGGAGCCGCUGAAGGCGCGCGCCGCGCAGUGCAUAGACGGCGCGGCCGAGCGUCUGGGCGCCCUGAGCCACGCCAUCUGGAGCAAGCCCGAGCUGGCCUACGAGGAGCACGGCGCCCACGACGCGCUCGCGCGCUUCUUGGAGCUGGAGUCGUGGGCCGUGCAGCGCCACUUCCGGCUGCCCACCGCCUUCCGCGCCGAGUGGGCGCCCCAGGAGGCCCGGGCGGCCCGGGCAGCCGCGCGCCCGCUGCAGCUGUGCUUCCUGUGCGAGUACGACGCGCUGCCCGGCCUGGGCCACGCCUGCGGCCACAACCUGAUCGCCGAGGUGGGCGCGGCGGCCGCGCUGGGCGUCAGGGGGGCCCUGCAGGGGGUCCCCGCGCCCCCUCGUCCCGUGAAGAUAAUUGUCUUGGGAACCCCUGCAGAAGAAGAUGGCGGUGGCAAAAUCGAUUUAAUUGAAGCAGGGGCUUUUAAAGAUCUUGAUGUUGUGUUUAUGGCUCAUCCAUCUCAAGAGAAUGCUGCUUAUCUACCUGAUGUGGCCGAACAUGAUGUGACAGUGAAAUUCUAUGGAAAAACAGCUCAUGCUGCUGCUUAUCCUUGGGAAGGAGUAAAUGCAUUAGAUGCUGCGGUUCUCGCCUACAGCAAUAUAUCUGCACUAAGACAGCAAAUGAAGCCAACCUGGCGGGCUCAUGGUAUAAUAAAAAAUGGUGGUGUGAAACCUAAUAUCAUUCCCUCUUAUUCAGAAUUAAUGUAUUACCUCCGAGCCCCAUCAAUGAAAGAACUUCCAGUUUUGACUAAAAAAGCAGAAGAUUGCUUCAGAGCUGCAGCUUUGGCCACAGGGUGCUCGGUAGAAAUUAAAGGUGGAGCACAUGAUUAUUAUAACGUUCUUCCCAAUAAGAGCCUGUGGAAAGCCUAUAUGGAAAAUGGAGAAAAGCUAGGAAUUGAUUUCAUUUCAGAAGAUGCAAUGUUGAAUGGACCUUCAGGAUCUACUGAUUUUGGAAAUGUAACUUUUGUGGUUCCUGGGAUUCAUCCAUAUUUCUACAUUGGAUCUACUGCCUUGAAUCAUACAGAGCAGUUCACUGAAGCUGCAGGAUCACAGGAAGCUCAGUUCUACACUUUGCGUACAGCUAAGGCUCUGGCAAUGACUGCAUUGGAUGUUAUUUUUAAACCAGAAUUGCUAGAAAGAAUCAGAGAAGACUUUAAAUCAAAACUUCAAGAAGAAGACUUCUUAAGUACAGUGGAAUAAAGGAAGACUUAGGAGCUACUUCUGAAUUAAAAAAUAAAAAUAUUUUUGUGACUCAAAAAAAAAAAAAAAAAAAAA